UUGGACUCUGUGAAACCAGCGAAGCUGUUGAGGAAUCUCAGGGUGAUACAUAAGGCUAACUCCCCUGGUUUUUUUUUUGCAAUGUCUGCCGGUGGAAUUCCAGAAGACGUCUUGAGAGACGAUAAUUUAAUUAAAGGUCUUGAGGAGCUCGCCAAAGACACUGCUGUGAUGCAUGGAGUAGUCAUGCGAACCAAAGACAGCCCAAACUGUCCUGAGGUGGUGAGCUAUGCACCGUUCACACUUUUCCCCUCCCCUUUGCCCAAGACACUAUUUCACCAAGCUCUGGAAGCUCAGACUCAUUUUAAUCGUCUGAUAGACCGGAUCAGCCAGAGUCCACAUUUUCUGGAGGAGGCUCUCAGCAGCACCAUCAAAGUUGAUGAUUUCACUGCAAGACUCUUCAAUAUUUACAGACAAGUUCAACAGGAACCUCAGCAUCCUGUGCCAAUAGUCCUGGGCUUGAAUAGGUCAGAUUACAUGCUGGACCAGAGCCUUGACGGUACAAUGUCCUUAAAGCAGAUUGAAAUAAACACGAUCGCAGCGAGUUUCGGAGGUCUUACCUCCCGCACGCCGGACAUCCACCGUCACAUUCUGAAGGUUGCAAACCGAUUGGAGGAACGCCAGCGGAUAUUGGACAACAACCCCGCAGCAGGGCUGGCAAAGGGCUUGUCAAAGGCCUGGGAGCUUUAUGGCUCGGAGAGGGCAGUUGUGAUGUUCCUAGUUGAGGAUGAGCAGAGGAACAUUUAUGACCACCGAUACGUGGAGAAUGAGCUUUGGUUGAGAGAUAUUCCUGUCAUAAGAAGGCAGUUUGAAGAUGUCUGCAGAACUGGAUCCUUGGACCAAAACAAGAGACUGUUUGUAGGAGGACAAGAGGUUGCUGUUGUUUACUACCGCAAUGGAUACAUGCCCCAAAACUACAAAUCAGAACAAAGCUGGGAAGCCCGGCUGCUGAUGGAGCGCUCGUGUGCCGUGAAGUGUCCCGACAUCAGCACCCACCUCGCCGGCACCAAAAAGGUGCAGCAGGAACUGGCGCGACCCGGCGUCCUGGAACGCUUCUUUCCUGACGAGCCUGAGACCACGGCCCGGCUCCGCGCCACGUUCACCGGCCUGUACACGCUAGACAUGGGGGAGGAAGGAGAAAGGACAGUGGACAUGGCGUUGGCUGCGCCGGACCGCUACGUGCUGAAACCCCAGCGGGAAGGAGGCGGGAACAACAUUUACGGGCAGGAGAUCUGCAGCGUGCUGGGGAGCAUGAGGGACAGCAUGGAGAGGACCGCCUACAUCCUCAUGGACAAAGUCCAGCCACGGCCAGCGUCCAACUACCUGCUCCGCCCGGGGGCUCCUCUCAGGCUGAGCCUGUGCUUGAGUGAGCUUGGCAUGUUUGGAGCCUAUGUUAGGAAAGGAAGAGAGAUGGUGAUGAACGAGUGUGUAGGCCAUCUGCUUAGGACGAAGAGCUCUGAACAUGCUGACGGCGGAGUGGCUGCAGGAGUGGCAGUACUUGACAAUCCUCUUCUCAUCUAAAUGACAUUUAAGCGACUGUGGGCCAUAACGGAGAACUGCACACAGCUAAACAGUCUUGGUUAAGAAAAAUUUAUAAUGCUUUACAUUCUCUCUUAAACUGUAGCAAAAUACCUUGAACUGAACCACUGACUGGCACAUAGUUUUUUUUUAACCUGUGCUGUCGAGUCUAUGUACUGAAAACAGCACUUAAUCAUGUUCUGUAGUAGAGUAUAUUUUAUAGAGAGGUUCCUGAUACUAAAUAUGGAGCCACUGAAUCAAAUAGCCAUUGUCUAGACGAUGGCCAUUGUAAUAGCUUAUCUUUAGAUAACCUAUGGUCACUGUAACUCAAGCCAAACCCACGAAAGCCAGCUCAAAAUAUCUAGACUAAUAUUGAUUUUACCUGGAUGUUUGUAAUUCUGCUUAAACAUACUCAUAUGUUUUAGGAGAGAAGGGUACAGCUUUGGCUAAGCACUGUAAAAUGAAGCAAUCAUGUGCUGGAACAUUUCAGACUUGCAAUGUGAUUGUCUGGUAAUGAAGCUAAAAAAAAAAAAAAAAAAGACAAACUAAAUCUAUAUAUUAUGACAAAUCUGAUAACACAGGAUAUCUCAAUUGUAGUGUUUGGGGUGAAUAUCCUGUACUAUAUACCGAUGAUUUUGUUUUCGUACUCAUGUAAAAGACAAACCGAACAUGGAGGUGUGAUGUAAUAAAAACCCACUGAAAUGCAGGUCCUUCUAAAUCCACAUUUAAUGUCUUUCCAUCAUGUUACAUUUAUACAAAUCAUAUUUUCCUUGUGGAGCUGAUCAGACAUCGGCUACAUCUCCACCCGUUUGCUCACUCGUUCCACCCUCUGCUUCACAAUCACGUUUCCAAUAAAGUGAGAGACACAGUACCCAGGUGGCACUGGACAUGCAGAAAAUCUCAAUCAAAGGAGCUAAAAACAGCAACGAAGAGCUGUUUCCAAGGAAGGCAAACUGGGUCAUGAUACGCCAAGUACAGGACAAACAGCAGAAAGAUGAAGCAGGACUGCGCACUCAGUAAAGCUGUCAUUUAAAACGGAUGCAGAUUUGUUUUCCUUAUUACGCAGGAGUCUGAUUUUGCUCUUUGUUAUGCUUCACACUGGAACAUGGAAAAAGGUCAAAGAAAAAGCAGGAGAGAUGCGUGAAGCUGCACAUUUAUUGGGGAUUUAGCUUAAUUUCCUGGGUAAAGACUGACGAGCAGUCGUUGAAGCUGAAACAAGGCAGACGAAACACAAAUCCCGCAGUCUGUCGGAAUGUGCAGGGCAGGGCUUAAACUGUGCGGAAAAACGACCUCACCAGUUUAAGAUACCCCUGCCUAACUAUAGUACACAAGCAGAUACUUGGACUUACGGAUACAGGAAAAAUCGUAUUUGGAGGAAAAAAAAAUGAGUACGUACAAAUUUAAAGCAUUUCAACUGAUUAAAAACAACGGAAGAGAAACACUGAUUGGUUCUGACUACUGCUAUGCUAAAAUAAGAAUAUGAAAGUGUGCAUAAUGCAGUGUGGGUGAUGAAAAGUUUAAGCUGCUUUCUGUGAGAUUUGAAACACUGCCUCGUACGUGCAAAAAAAUCAAAACCAUUCCCUCUCCAAUGAGUCAAAACGUGUUGAGCCGUGCAAAAGGCAUUUUUACUGGUAAUUUUAGUGUGAAUUGGGAAUGAAUGGUCUUGCAGAUCUUCCAGAAAGCAGCUUCAUCAACAAUGACAGUUUACAGGUGUUUUUGUAGAUUUUACAUUCAUCAUUGCUUUUCCCCCACCAGCUCCCCUUAAACCCAUCAUAUAUGUUGAAUAUUUACAUGUUAUCAUCUUAGAAAAAAAAAAAAGAAAAUAGGAAAAACUUAUCUUACAACUUUAAAAAAAAAAAAAAAA